AGGAAGUGGGACUGACCCCCGCGUCUCCAUGGAGACGACUCCAUAGCUGCUGCUCUAUAGCUAACCGGGCUAACCGGGUAAACUACCCCGUGCGCGUUAUGUUUCAGCUGUCGUAUUUAUAUUGUAUUUAGUAACCAUGAGUCGCACUCCUGACGCCAGAACCAGAGAUGGCCAGACGAGGCAGAUUCAGGAGAACAUCACCAACGUGGAGAAGCACUUUGGGGAGCUCUGCCAGCUGUUCGCCGCGUAUGUCCGCAAAACGGCCCGUCUGCGGGACAAGGCGGACCUGCUGGUCCGAGAGGUCAGCCUGUACGCGGACACAGAGACCCCCAGUUUGAAGAGCGGCCUGAAACUAUUUGCAGACCAGCUUGCCAAAAUUCAGGAUUAUCGCCAAGCAGAGGUGGAACGACUGGAGGUGAAAGUGAUAGAGCCUUUAAAGAGCUAUGGUACUGUCGUAAAGCUGAAGAGGGAAGAUCUGAAAAACACACAGAACGUCAGGACCCGGGAGACCAAGCAGAUGGAGCAACUGGAGAGGAUGAGGCAGAGGAGGCCCUCGGACAGACAGGUCAUCUCUCAGGCUGAAAGUGAGCUCCAGAGGGCUACGAUGGACGCCACACGCACGACACGCCAACUGGAGGAAACCAUAGAUGAGUUUGAGAAGCAGAAGAUACGUGACAUCAAGAGCAUUCUUGGACAGUUCAUCACCAUUGAGAUGGCCUUCCAUGCGAAGGCCUUGGAGGUCUUCACUACCGCAUACCAGCACAUCCAGAACAUUGAUGAGGAGGAGGACCUGGAGGUCUUCAGGAGCCUCCUGCAUCCCCCAGACUACCCGACCCGCUUGGACAUCGUCCGUGCCAAUACCAGAGGCUCGCUGAACCGCACCACGUCCAGCCUGGGCAAAUCGGGGACGCUGCAGCAACCGGGGACUCCAAACAGAAGCAUGAAAAGAGAAGAGGAAGAUGAUGAUGAGGAUGAUGACGAGGAUGAUCUAGAAGAUGUCACGGAAGAUGAAAACUGACUUAAUGUUCAAAGUGCCAUUUUGAAGCCAUUUUAUACUUGUAUUCUGACUGUAUUACUGAAUAGUUUUACAUGGUAUUACACACGUGACUUGAUUUGAUAAACCGUAUAUUGUUAUAAAGUGAGGCUGAUUAUAUAAUAAACUUUUCAUAGCUGAGA